AUGUCUUCGGUGAAGCGGAGGAAGACCGAGAAAAACACAUCUUCGGGAUUGAAAUCGAAGCAAGCAAAAGAGCCAAAAGAAGCCUCCCCACUAUCUUCGCCGGAGCCAACAGAGGAGAAUCAGAACAAUGAAAUAGAGGAAGGAACGGAGGAAGAAGAGGUCACAAAGUCAUUCAAAGAUUUGGGUAUCGUCGAUUCAUUAUGCGAAGCAUGCGACACCUUGGGAUACAAAGCUCCAACCCCUAUUCAAAGGGAAUCUAUACCACUCGCGCUCCAAGGAAGAGAUUUGAUCGGCUUGGCAGAAACGGGAAGUGGAAAAACUGCCGCGUUUGCACUACCUAUUCUUCAAUCUUUACUUGAUAAACCACAGCCUCUCUUUGGAUUGGUUUUAGCACCGACUCGUGAACUUGCAUAUCAAAUCUCUCAAUCAUUCGAGGCCCUUGGGUCUAUUAUCAGAGUAAAAUGUGCAGUUAUAGUAGGAGGAAUGGACAUGGUUCCACAGGCAAUUGCUUUGGGUAAAAAACCUCAUAUUAUAGUCGCCACUCCUGGUCGCCUUCUUGAUCACCUGGAAAAUACGAAAGGCUUUUCGUUGCGGUCAUUGAAAUAUCUAGUUAUGGACGAAGCCGAUCGAUUACUUGACCUCGAUUUCGGACCUAUUCUGGAUAAAAUCCUCAAAGUUCUACCUCGAGAGCGCCGGACAUAUCUCUUUUCCGCAACUAUCAGCUCCAAAGUCGAAAGCCUUCAACGAGCAAGUUUGAAAGACCCACUCCGAGUAAGCAUCAGCAGCAACAAAUACCAGACUGUCUCGACUCUUAUCCAAAACUACAUAUUCAUCCCAUUAGUUCACAAGGAUACAUAUUUGAUAUAUCUCUUGAAUGAGUUCGCAGGACAAUCCGCCAUUAUCUUUACACGGACAGUCAACGAGACACAGAGAAUAGCGAUUCUGUUACGAACCCUUGGAUUUGGAGCCAUUCCACUACACGGACAACUUUCACAAUCUUCUCGCUUGGGUGCCUUGAACAAGUUCCGUGCAGGCUCAAGAGAAAUCCUUGUUGCAACUGAUGUUGCUGCUCGUGGGUUGGAUAUUCCUUCAGUUGACGUUGUAUUGAACUACGACAUGCCACAGGACAGUAAAACAUACAUUCACAGAGUAGGAAGAACCGCUCGUGCAGGGAAAUCCGGACAUGCAAUUAGUUUCGUCACGCAAUAUGAUGUAGAAAUUUGGAUGCGCAUUGAGGCUGCAUUAGGAAAAAAGCAGGAAGAAUACCAAACGGUGAAGGAUGAAGUCAUGGUAUUCAAGCCUAGAGUGGAAGAAGCUCAAAGGCACGCUAGGAAUGAGAUGAAGAAUUUGCACGAAGAUAGAGGGAAGAAGGGUGCAGUGUUAAAAGGAAGAAGACCUGCAAACGGUGCUAAAAGAGGUCGUGAUGAAAUGGAUAGAGAGGAAGGUUAA